CACAUUGAGAUUCUUCUUUAACAUGUGCAACCCAUGUUAAACAAGCAUCUCACCAUGUUAAACAAGCAUCUCAACUCACAUGGGAGCUCCGAGCACCUGUGAGUCCCCGCCCACCCGUGACGUCACAGACCAACCUGAGUUUCAGGCUCCGACAGAAAAGACUCCCAGAGAAGAAGAAAGCAGCAGGGUGAUGAUGGCGGAGGCGGCGACCCCAGAUCUGUUCUCAGAGCAGGAGUUAACCUGCUCCAUCUGUCUGGAUCUGUUCAACCAGCCGGUCUCCACUCCCUGUGGACACAACUUCUGUCAGGCGUGUAUCGGAGGUUACUGGGCGUCUGGCGCGGCGUGCACCUGUCCUCUCUGCAAACGCCAGUUUGAUGAACGCCCUCAGCUCAGCGUCAACAAAGUCUUCGCUCUCAUUGCCGAGAAAUUCAAAGUGAUCCGCUACGGCGCCGCGGGGUUACCCUCGUCUGUCGGGAACGGGACGCCGGCGCCUGCGGUGACCCCAGAUGAUCCGUCCAUGGUGGCGGUGGCGCCCGGCGAUGACGUGGUGUGGUGUGACGUGUGCACGGGCCUGAAGCAGCCGGCGGUCAGCUCCUGCCUCACCUGCACCGCCUCAUACUGCUCGCUGCACCUGCAGCCGCACCACAGCACGCCGUUCUAUGCCAAACACCCGCUGAUGGCGCCGCAGGACGCGCUGCGGGGGCGCACCUGCCGCGUGCACCGCCGCCUGCUGGAGGUGUACUGUCGGACAUGUGAGCGCUGCAUCUGUGCCCUCUGUGUGCUGGACGAACAUCGGAUCCACAAAACUGUCUCGGUGCAGACGGAGAGACUCACCAAACAGAAGCAGGUGGCAAGGACGGAGCAGGAGAUCCUGAACCGGAUCGGACAGAAAGAGAUUCAUGUUACUCAGCUGAAGAGGAAACUGGACGCAGCCAAGAGCUACGCAGACGGCGAGCGUGGCGAGGUGGAGCAGCUUCUGGACGACGUGGCGGUCUCUCUGGACCGGAUCCGGUCCCGCGUGGUGGGGGGUAUCCAGAUCCAGCUGGACGGCGUGAUGGAGAAGGGGACGGGGCUAGUGAGGCGUCUGGAGGCGGAGCUUAGUCAGCUGACUGAGAGGAGAGCAGAGCUGGAGAAGCAGGCCGUCAGCCAGGAUCACAUCGGCUUCCUACAGAGUCUGGACUGUGCGGCGGCCCCCCUGGCCGAGGACCAGGAUGCUGAUCUGGAUGAAGAGUUCUCAGAGUUUUCUCUCAGCUUCCAGCUGGACGACGUCAAGAACUCAUUGGCCGACAUCAGGGACAGGAUGGACCUCAUCAGGAUGGGGGGGGGACCAACCCCCAGGGGGGGCUCAGUGAUUGUUAAUGUUAACCAUCUUCAUUCUGUUGCAGGACACAAGAAGGUGCGAGUCUACAUGGAGGACGUGGCGUUGAACCCCGUGACGGCGUACCCCUUCCUGAUCCUGUCCUCAGACAGGAAACAGGUGAAGCGCGGCGAGACGCUGCAGUUCUUCCGGAGCAGCCCGCAGCGCUACGACGUCUGGUCCUGCGUCCUCGCCAAGGAGGGCUAUGCCACCGGCCGCCACUACUGGGAGGUGUUUGUCGGCGAGAGCAAGGACUGGAAGCUGGGCGUGGUCACGGAGACGGCGAGCAGGAAAGGGCUGUUUGACAUGAGUCCGUCUAACGGGUACUACGCCCUCUGGUGGGGCGGAGGCCAGCUGAGAGCUCACGGCCCCUCACUAAGUGUGGGGCGCUGUGUGUUUUGUGCCGGCGGUGCAGGUGAAGAGCCCCCCGAGGCUGCGUCAGGUGGGGUGUUCCUGGACGUGGACGAGGGUCACGUGACCUUUUAUAACGCCAAGUCUGGCUCGGAGAUCUACAGCUUCAGCGGAGCCGGCGAGUUCACCGAGAGGAUGUUUCCUCUGCUGGGGACCGGGGACAAAGAGACGCCGCUGGUGCUGAUGACCACUCAGCCCGAUGCCUGAGGGGGGGAUAAUGGGGGAAGAAAAAGGGGAACACCUGGACGGUUCUUGACUUUAAAAUGUGCCAAAAACAUUGGAAAAAGUGCUGCAAAUGUAAAAAAAAGAAAAUAAAAAGGGGACACCUGA